AUGCACACACUCAACCACACGCUGCAGCGCGGCUUCAAGUUCCAGGCCGACGAAGCCGACGCGAUCGCCCUCGGCGGCGUCACGGCCUUCAUGGACGUUAUCGGCGCGACGAUGGCCAAGCCGAAGAAGACAGCGAUGGACUUGCAGGCCCGCGCCUCCUCGCUGCUUGACGAGGAGGGCGGCUUCGACAAGCUCGUCUCCGUCCUCUCGAGCCCGGCGCAAAAGACGCGCUCCAAGGCGCUGCAGCUGCUCGCCUGCAUGGUCGUCUACACUGACAAGCCUCUCGUCGAGUCCUCGCUUCGCCGCGCCAACCGGUAA